CUAGUGUUUUUAUUUACAUUGUGAUCAUAAAAAAGUUGUAUUGUGCAAAAAACCCCAAAGUUAUCAAUUUAUAAUCGCAAAAAUAUUAGCACACACUUAAAUAUUGCCUAAUUAUAAAUUUGUAAGCAUGAAAUACAAGAUAAAUCUGGAUUUAACAUCCAAAUACACUCUAACCUUAAAACUUUUCGAAAAUGUGAAAAAUAUGAAAGAAAUAAAAGAAAAAAUCACCGGUGGUAACUUUCAAUGCGGUCUUAUAAAGCCCAGUCGCAUUCUGGAUCCGUUCCAAGUUGCUGUAGCUGCUAAUAAAGCUGUCACGAGUGAUAUCAUUACAAGAACUCUGUAUACCGAAAUAUUAUUUAAUUUAUCCCUCUCAAGUAAUAUAUCUUCUUCUUUGAAGACCUUUGGCGCCAGCGAGGAAGAUACAGACUUACUUGUUGCAAUUUUAGCAAAAGAAGAUGAAGAAAAUGAUGUUUUAUUUGAUGAUAUUGACGGUGAAGAAGUUGAUGUAUUCAAGCUUUCCCAAAUUUGUGAUAUUAAGUUAAUUAAGAAGGAAUAUAAAAUAACUGAAGCUGAAUUGUUGAAUAAUAGUCUACUUGAUGUAAUUGUUAGCAAAAUUGCAGUAAAGGAUGUUGUUCAGCAAUAA